AUGAUUAUUCAUUCUAAGCUUUAAUUGAUUUUGAAAAGCACUCACAAAAACUCCCUUUAUUUUAAAUUAAAAAAUCAUUUUUGUUCUAACCCUUCAUAAGAGGAAUAGGUCAAAGCUUUAAAAGAAAAAGUUAGAUUGAAUUGCAUAUUUGACAGUGAAAAAAAGAAUGAGAAGGAGUAUAAUGAUUAAAUAGAUGAAGCUUUUAGAGUUUACCCAAUAGUUUUAUAAUUAUAAAAAAAUGAAGAAAACACUCUGAAAGAGCAAUAUUUAGGUUUAUUAGAUUUCAUCACUACUAAGAAGGCACGUAAAACAUUUGAUUAAGAAGUAAAUGCUCAAUUAGUUAGCUACUUGUAACAAAAUCUAUUUAAAAACUAAAUCGAAAAUUUCUUAAAAAUUGAAAGAAUGUCACUAGCUUAGUAAGGAAAUGCUUCUUAACAACAAUUUCACUUCCUCCAUAGAGGACAUCUGCAAGUCUUUGGAGUUAGAAUGGAUCGCUCUUAAAAUGAAUUCAUUCACAAAUACACAUAUUAAAAAAAUUAAGCUGAACUAAGAUUUACUCGUCGUAUAACCUCAUAAGAAAAAUUAGAUUAAUUAGAUAUUAAAGAUAUUUUGCCUGAAGAAUUAUAAGGAAAGACAACUAAGAUGAAAAAAUAAAUUGAAGAUAUAAUGUCAAAAGAGACAAAAGAGUUAGAUUAAAAUGCACCUAAAACUCUUAAAGGAACAAUCUUGGAUGUAGCUAAAAAAUUCGGAUAUGAUUUCAAGGACAAUAAAAUUGAUGGUGCAGAAUAUUUUAAUAAAAUAUCUUCAUACAAAAAGAAGGCAUUUGAAUCUUUACAUAAAAGUGAAGAAUAUAUUCUUGUUGAAGAUUUUAUGUUAAGAACAACUGAAAGCAUUAGAAUUAAAGCUCUUUCAGGUGAAGUUUUAUGGGAAGAUAUACCAAAAGAAGAUGGUUUAUUCCAUCAUUAUAUUCGUACAGAAGCUCUAUGUGACUUAAAUGAAGCUCCAUCACUUAAAAAUAAUAGAAAGAGAAUCAUCACUGAUAUUGAUGGCAAACUCUUUGGUAAUCCUCCAUGCUUGGUUAAAAGAUUUGAUUUAGCAACCAAAUGA